GUGACGAUCCACGCGAUCGACCGAGCUUUUGACAACUUCAAGAAAAUCGGCAAGGCGAAUCUCACAUUGGGAGUGGUCGGUUACCGAUUGCAGCAGCUGAAGGACCACUUCACUCGCUUUGAACGACUUCACGGUCAGAUCAUGGCCGCAGCCUCCAACGAGUUCAUCAUGACGGACCGGUACUUCACCGAGGAUCAAUUCGACAAGUGCGUGGUGACGUUCCUGACAGCAUCCGACUACAUGGCCGAAUGGAUGAGUAGGCUGGAGUCGCCGCCGCCGUCCCAGGUUUCAUCACCCAAUCAGGGUUCGGUCACUACUCUGUUCACCGAACGUUUAGCUCAGCGAUUGCGUUUACCGUGUACGUGCGUUUCCGUCUCUAUCACUGGGAUCGGCGAGACGGCUGCCACAGCACGCAGCGCAGCUAAAGUUCACGUGUCAGCGCGUGAUGGCACAGGCCCGUCGCCCUCCAUCUCCGCUCUUGUUCUCAAGUCGCUCACGACUUACAUUCCGCAACCCGUUCCGGACAUAACGAAACUGUCGUACAUUCACAAACUACCGCUAGCUGAUAGCGAUCGGACUAGCGCGGCGCCGAUUGACGUAAUAAUCAGUGCUGAAUUGUAUGGCGCAAUAUUAUUACCGGAGAUUCGUAAUCGCGCCCCUUAUGAGCCCGUCGCUCAAAACUCUAUUUUCGGAUGGUUCCUGUCCGAACCAAUGCCUAUGCCGUCGCAGUCACGGCCGGCUUGCAUUCAAACGCACCACUGCACGGUGUUGUCGGAAAUCUCCGACCAGUUAAAACGUUUCUGGGAGGUUGAAGAACUUCCUCAGCAGACUCAUCUCUUACCGGAAGAGAUUCGAUGCGAAGAACACUUCGUGUCGACGCAUUCUCGUGCCCCCAACAAGCAGUAUAUAGUGCGGCUGCCGUUCAAAUCGGGGCCCCCUAUCGACAUUGGCGACUUUAAGCAGUCUGCAAUCGCGUUGUAUUCGCGUCUCGAGUCACGGUUAAAAGCAAAUCCGGACCUUGCAAAGGAAUACCACGACUUCUUAGCGGAAUAUGAACGUCUUGACCACAUGACCAAGGCACCCCUCGAAAAUCCCCCUGACGAUCAAAUUGUGUAUAUACCGCAUCAAGCAGUUGUCCGCGAGCAUAGCGCGACAACUCGUUUGCGCGUUGUCUUCAACGCCUCUCAACCUACCUCCAAUGGUCUCUCCUUGAACGAUCAUCUAAUGAUCGGCCGUAAAUUACAAUCCGAGUUAUCGUUCAUUAUCUUGCGAUGGCGUCAAUUUCGGUUUGUCUUCACCGCCGACAUCGCCAAGAUGUAUCGCCAGAUUCUCGUCCACAAUUGCGACGUCGAUUAUCAAAGAAUCUUAUGGCGACCCGCGCCAAAUUAUCCUCUGAUAGCCUAUCGCUUGCUUACCGUCACUUACGGUAACGCAAACGCGCCGAACGCGGCUCUUCGCGUAGUCGAACAAGUCGCCGAAGACAAAGGCGCUGAUUUCCUCCUAGCAGUUCCGGAUGAUUUUGACCAUCAGCCCCAGAGACAGACAUGA